CACACCACGCGCAUGAGCUGCUCGACAGCGUGAUAGCAAUCUUGACCGCAACGCCGAGUGUCCAACGCCAUUCCUGCUGAAACAGCAUCUCUCGCUAUGGAUGGAGGCUCUGGAUCCGAUGGUUGGCCGCACCUCUACCGACGAGAGAGUGCAAAGAGGGAAUUCACAAUGGCAGAACCUAGCACCAGAAAUGCUUCACCAGACUCGCUAUUUGUAUCCGAGCACGACGAACAUUACACGCAUCCUGAGCACGCAUCGCAACGAAGACGUCUAUCGCCGCCCAGACUCGCCCUUCCAACGGGACGGCACUAUCCUGGCGACGGCUAUGAUUUGAGAAGACCAGUAAUGUCGUCAGCGAGCAUGAGCCAGAACACGCGAGAUCCUGAUAACACGGUUGUGAUUGACCUCACGGAUGAGGCAGAACCGCCGCAAGCACCACAGCCAUCACUUUCACAACCUGCACAGGGAGAGGGUGGUGCAGGCUCGUUCUCGGCACGGGCAACGAGGGGUCCAAGAUUUGGGCGGAACAUAAUUGACGUGGAAAGUGAAGGUGAAGAGGAGGGUCACAGCACACGGUCAUCUGCACGGGUACCUCCGAGAAACAACUACGACUCUCUCUUUCCUCGUUUCAGCACCCAACGGCCGCAACCUCACCCACAAUUUUCUGUUCUUCGGCGACCUCACAGACCCACACCACCUUCCAUCAACAUGGACGAUGUCGAGGACGU